GUUCUCAAACUCUCUCUGCCUUAGCCUCAAGGCACGCAGAAAACCAUCCGGGCUCGGCUUCGGCAGAACCCGCUCGGAGCUGUGUCGUUCGGAAAAAGGCUCGUUCUGUAGCAAUCUCAAUCUUGAAGCGAUACAGUCCAUCAAACCGAACCUACCUCCCACGAUACCCACGAAAUCCGUCAUCAUGUCUUGGCUCGGUGUUCAACCCCUCAAGAAGUUCAACGCUCCCUUCUUGAAGCCUUACUGGCCCUUCUUCGCUGCCGGUGUUGUUAUUGCCUACGGCGUCAACUCCGCCCAGUCCGCCAUGAUGAACUCUGCCGAGUGGAAGAACGACCCCCGCAACCCCAACGCCAAGUCUGGCGGUCACUAAGUUUGAUGGAAAGGAAAUGGGGUUUCGUCCAGCUGGCACGCAUAAUCGACCCGCUCGAACGCGAGGCCAUGGUUCACAAGAUGGAAUUGUAUCAUAGAAUCGAAAAAGGGGCUUAAUUGACCUAUGCAACGAUCAUACGAAAGUUGCCCAUGGAUAUAACUGCGAACGACGAAUGCCCUCGAACUCCGGAUGUCCGAUUGUGUGGGAAGCAAGACCGAAGUCUGGUCUGGUUAUGUGAUAUGUACAAACCCUUGACUCACUCUGAAAUCUACCAGCAUGCUCCGUGGUUUAUUUCUAUUUUUGUGCAAGGGAGAUGAACUAUGGCCCAAUACUCACCGCGACAUACUGGCUAUCAAGUUCUUGUGGAUGUAGCGGUCCAUCAUCAUGGCCACAUGAUAUCUCGUUUCUGUACUUACUUUAUGCCGUGGGUGCCUCUAUUUCAUGCGGAAGCAUCCAAUUUCUUCCAUAGACCCCUCAAUAUAAUCCUCCGAUAAGGAGGAUUAUGCGUCAAGACAUGAAACAGGUGACAACAGUUAUAUUGGAUUUGACUAGGUAGUCUUUCAUAAUAGACCUCAACUAUCAGGUGAAACUACGCAUUUAAGAGAACAUGUCUAAAGACCUUGACUAGCCAGCCAUUGCUGGAUUGUUGACAAC